CCUAAUCUGGAGCGGCAUUGCCGAAGCUGUGCACAGUGGUGCGCUUUCAUUGCCAUCAACCCAGAAAUCCUCGGAGCUCCGCUGAACAAUCCACGCACCCAUCGCGGAUUUGUGGGAUUCUUUCAGUGGAUUUUCCGCCCUGAACCCAGAAUUUGAUUUCGGUGUGUCAAUCGAACAAUGCUGGGGUGGCUAUGAUUUUGUGAUCAACGUUGUGCUGGUCUUGGAGAUCAGUGUUUAUUUAUCACUGAUUCGGGAAAGGAUGUGCAUAUUGCGAUUAAACUCUGCAGUAGUGGGUUGAUCUGGUUGUGUAGAUUGCUGAGGGUGUUGGGUUUUGGUAAAUUUUUUGGGUAGUGUGAGUGGAAGGCGAGGUCCGCGUGGGAAUAUUUUGUGUGAAUUGCUGCGUGGAGUGAUUACGAUUGCGGGAAUGUGGCAGAUGUUGGUGUAGCUUGGUGAGCUGUUUAUUAAGAGGCGUUGAUGAGGUUGUUAGGUUAUGCAAAAGUGCGGGGAUGCAGGGAAGGACGCUGCGGAAUGUUCAGUCCUUUAGGCAAACUUUGUUGUGGAUGUGUAGUUUCCAAGAGAGGCUUUGGGUUGUGGAUUGCAAUGUAGGUGCAAGGGAGCGGCAAGCGACAGUGCUGCUGACGGGACUUGGAGGGCAAUGUAUAGGUGGAGAAGGUCUUGCACAAUUGUAUAGACCAUGGUUCAGAGUAUGCAGCGAAAGGAUUGGUGGGUUAUGUGAUUUGAAUGUGGUUUAUAAAUCGACAAUAGCGUCAUUAGGUUCUAGAGUGAGUGCCAGAGUGUCUUUCACCACUUUGGUCGGAGAUGAGGACGAUAGUGCUGAGCAUUGUAGAGGCGAUGAUGGUGAUGGUGGUGGUGGUGGUGGAGGCCUCCGUGGUACGAAUGAUCACGAGAAGAUUGCGAGUAGAUUUGAGAAGCUUCUUCAAAAGUGGAGCUCGAAUACGCCAUUGUUUCUGAAUGAUUUGCAGGUCCAGUUGACGCCUGCUAUUGUUUGUCAAGUAUUGAAGAUGAUUCCAAAAUCCGACGCCGCGAGGAAGUUUUUUAAAUGGGCAACGACGCAACCCGGCUUUCAACACGAUGUGUAUACAUACGCAGCGUUAAUAGACUACUACGGCAAGCGUCAAAAUUUCUCUGCCAUGGAUCAGGUUGUGGCCGAAAUGAAGGAAGCGGGAUGCCCUUUGAGCACGGUCACCUUCACGUCUCUGGUGGUUUGGCAUAGCCAGGUGAAGAAAUUGACAGGGACCCGACGGGUGUGGCAACAAAUGCUGGACUCGGGUAUUAAACCUAACGAGUACAUUUAUUCUAGUUACAUUGAUGCACUUGUAAAGGGCGGAUGUCACGAGGAAGCUAUAAUGGUCUUCAAAGAGAUGCAGGAAGCUGGCUGUCGGCCCAACAUAUUCACCUACUCUGUCGUCAUCCUUAGUCUCGUGGAAUCCAUGCAGCUCGAAGCCGCCUGUGAACUUUACGAAAGAAUGACGAAGCUCCAGUACAAACCGAACAGCACAGCGUACUCUGUCCUCAUUAGGGCACAUGCCAAAGGACCAGAUAUGGAGAAGGCUAUUUACUUCUACAGAGAGAUGAUAGACUCGGGCCUGACACCUUCCCAGUCCUUGCGUUCACUGCUCUCUGAGGCUUUGACGAAACAAGGGCGGUUGAACGAAGCAGAGGAACUGACCCAAAUCAGUGCAGCCAUGGCUGGGGAGAAGCUCAAGAGCAAAGAGCUGGAAGCCGUCCUUCAUGGCAGUCUACCCAGGCCAGAAAGACUCGCAGAGCUCCUGCGAGACUGGGGACCCGAAACGGAACUUGCGCUGGAGAGAGUUAAGCUAAAGCUCCGACACCCUUAUCUUUUGAAUGUGUUGACCCUUGUGAGCGGUGAGCCAGAAGUUGCAUGGCGGUAUUUCGAGUGGGUGAGAGCUCAAGAAAAUUAUAACCCUACGCGGCAUAUGUUCACCCGCAUAUUGGACAUCGUUGGGAAGACGGGUCAUGGUGCAUUACAAAAAGAGAUUAUCUUGGAGGCCGAGGCACAAGCUGGAGGGAAUGCAGUGACGUAUGAUAAAGUGAUCAAAAGUUAUUGUCUUUCCAAGCAUACAGACGCUGCUCUUCUGGUAUUUGAACGCAUGAAAGAACAAGGUAUUCAGCCAGACGCCAACGUAUACACCACACUAAUAGAUGUGCUUUCAAGAACACGUGGCCAUACGCAGGCUAUGGAGAUGUAUGCUGAAAUGGUGAAAGCAAAAUGCAAGCCUACCGUCGACACCUACACAGCAAUUUUACACAGCCUGGCAAGAUCUGGGAGAGUGAAAGCUGCGAUCACCUUAUUUGAGAAGCUGCCAUCAUUCGGUGUUCCUCCCAGUAUUGCGACCUACACUAUCUUACUGAAAGCGUGCCUUAAAGCGGAUGAAUUAGAAACGGUCUUAAAACUCUAUGCUGGGAUGCGAAGAGAUGGACUUACUCCUUCAAGGGCGAUUCAUAGAAUGGUUACCAGAGGUCUUCAUGCCGCAGGAAUGCAUGACGAGGCAGAUGCAUUGUCAGAAGUCCCUGUCUAUUUCCCAGACGCUAACAGAGGUGUUUCAUAUAGAACUCCAAGGGCUCGUAAGAGUAUGACAAGCAUCGUGAGUAGUUACUAUGAGUAACAGACGUUAUUGAUUGAUGCAGACUACCACUGUGUAAGAGGCUUAUACCUCAUUUCAGCUGUGUUUUUUCAAAGGUAUUCGUAGUCCCAGCCUUGCAUACA